AUGCAAAACUACAACAAGUGUCAAUGUUGUUACAUACCCUUCAUCAAUCUCCUCCAGGUCCAGAAACUGACAUCACUCGACGUGCCAGCUAACCACCUGUCUGGCGAGAGCGACAACGCCAGCGUGUACGCUGACCUGAGGUCACCACGGCCACAGCUGCGGCUGCUUUACGUGACGCCCGAGAAGGUCAGUGCCAGCACCCGGCUACUCGAAGUGUUGCAGCGAUUGCACACCAACGGGCACCUCACGCGUUUCGUCAUCGACGAGGCACACUGCGUGAGCCAGUGGGGCCACGACUUCCGGCCCGACUACAAGCGACUGAGCGUGUUGCGCGAGAAGUUUCCAGGCGUCCCCAUGGUGGCACUGACUGCGACAGCGACACCACGGGUGCGCACGGACAUUCUUCACCAGCUGGGGAUGCGGGACCCCAAGUGGUUCUUGCAAAGCUUCAACCGGCCAAACCUGUGCUACGAGGUCAGCCUCAAGACAGGCAAGUCGGUGGUCCACGACAUCGUCGAGGUCAUCAAGAAAAAGUUCAAGCGGCAGAGCGGCAUCGUCUACUGCUUUUCGAGGAAGGAGUGCGACCAGCUCGCGGACGACCUCAGCAAGGAAGGUAUCGCAUCCGUGUCUUAUCACGCAGGGCUCACCGACAGUCGACGGAGUGUUGUCCAGCGUCAGUGGAUCGAUGACAAGGUCCAGGUGGUGUGUGCGACCAUCGCCUUCGGUAUGGGAGUGGACAAACCGGACGUCCGCUUUGUCAUUCACCACACGCUGCCCAAGUCUAUUGAGGGCUACUACCAGGAGUCAGGCCGUGCGGGGCGUGACGGCCAGCGUGCCUCCUGCAUCCUCUUCUACAACUACCAUGACAUGCACCGUAUCCGCUCCAUGAUCGACAAGGACUCCAUGGCCAACGCGGCGGCCAAGCAGACGCACAUCGCCAACUUGUGGCACAUGGUCAACUUCUGCGAGAACCGAACUGACUGCCGCAGGGCGCAGGUUUUGCAUUAUUUCGGCGAGAAUUUCGACCGCCAGUUCUGCAAACAGAACCGACGCUUUGCUUGUGACAACUGCCUGGCAGAGACGCGCUGGGUCAUGAUGGAUGUCACUGAUGAUGCGCGAGAAGUGGCCCGAUGCGUGCAGGACCUGAAUGCCAAACGUGUCAACAUCACAGUGAAUCAGCUCGUGGACAUCUUCAAAGGGGCGAUGAACAAGAAGAUGAAAGAGCAGAAGUUGGACGCUCUGCCACUCCACGGCCGUGGAAAGGCCUACCAGCGUAACGAUGCCAACCGGUUGGUUCGACGACUGGUCCUCGACGGCUACCUCAAGGAGGAGAUCACCAUGAACUACCUCGAGAUGGCCAUGUCCUACCUGAGACCCGGUGGCAAGCUUUCCCAACUUCUGUCCGGCCCGGCGCGCAUAACUCUCUCCAUCGAGAAGAAGUCGCGGCCCUCGGAGUCGGCCGUGCGUGUCGAGGAAUCCGCGGCGGAGCCGAGCCGCGCCAACCCGGAGAUCACGAAGCUCACCGAGGCGUGCCACCUGGAGCUGGUGUCCAUCGUGAAGGCACUGGCGCUGGCCAAGAACACUCACUACAGCAACGUGAUUCACAUCGACGCGCUGCGCGGAAUUGCCGAAAACCUGCCGACGACGGCGGAGGCCAUGUUGCAGGUUCCGCACAUGACCAAGGCUCUGGUUGACAAAUACGGUGCCCAGCUGCUUGAGGUCACUGAGCGCUAUGCAGCCGAGAAGAUGGUCAUCGAGGCGGAGAUGGCCGGACGCCGCUGCUAA